AUGCCGUCGCAUAAUCGUAUCUUGCACGAUGAUACGACUAUCCCCCAGAGAGUGAUGUGGGGAGGACCAGCCAAUGGUGACUUGGUGGAUCCAUGGGGUUGGGAUGAUAUCAAAAGCUGUUGGCAGCUACUUCGUCAAUGUGAAGGCUUGAUGAGGCUGGAACUUGACGUAUUCUGCCUGCAACGAUUAGAUUGGGCUCUGCUCAUCCGGCUAAUUCACGUCAAAGGAUUGGUGGUUUUCUCGCGACGCCCGGGUGAAAAUGAGAUAGAGGACAGCCGCAUUAACACCGACUCGAAGAUAUGGCUGUCGAUUAGUGGCAGGAAGCCAGUUCAUACACCCACAACCGAGCUGAUGAUCGAAAGUAUGACCAAUUCUCGGAAUAUGAAGGCCAAGGCCCUCAAGCGCCAUUACGCGGAAACCAAGUUGCAUGAAAUAUACGGAGGGGAUAUCUAUCCCGAGGUGGACUAUGACAGUGAUGAUUGGUAG